GAGAGGGCCCGCCCUUCCCGGGGCGUGGCCGGCGCUGUCCGGCUCUUCCGCCCGGCUCAGGACGCGCACUCUUGCGACGAGCCGGGCCAUGGCUACGCACAUUUGCAGGCGCCGCUUCCCUAGGGCUUGGCUCUGCAGGGGAGCCAUGCGGGGCCCAGGCCGGCACUACCGCGCCGCGCUUUGCGCCGAGCUGAAGAAGCCUCUAGUCGUCGGACAGGUGGCCCCACGCCCUGUGCUGCCUCAUGAGGUCAGAGUUGAUGUCCAUUUCUGUGGAGUUAACUUUGGUGAUAUAUUGGUCUGCCGUGGUCAGUAUCAGGAAAAGCCCCACCUUCCCUUCACACCUGGGAUGGAGUUUUCUGGGACUGUACUGGAGACAGGCACUGAUGUCGGUACAGUGAAAGAGGGAGAUCGAGUUAUUGGUGUGAGUCACUUUAAUGCUAUGGCUGAAGAAUGCAUCACUGACCAGAAGACCCUAUGGCAGAUUCCAGAGAAGCUCUCCCUGCGAGAAGCUGCUACCUUACCUGUAACUUAUGGGACUGCUAUUUUGGCUCUGGAGCAUCGGGCCCAUACCAAGCCUGGAGAAACUGUCUUAGUGACGGCAGCAGCUGGAGCCACAGGCCUUGCAGUGAUAGAUGUGGCAACAAAUGUUCUUCAGGCCAAGGUAAUAGCUGCAGCUGGAAGUGAUGAGAAAUGCAAGCUGGCGAUGCAGAGGGGUGCACAGUUAAGUGUGAACUACAGUCGGGGCAGCCUGAAGGAGGCAGUGCAGCAGCUGGUGGGCAGUGGUGGAGUGAACGUGGCCAUCGACAUGGUGGGAGGAGACAUCUUCCUGGAGGCUCUUCGCAGCCUGGCAUGGGAGGGCAGGAUUGUGGUGUUGGGAUUUGCUGGAGGAAACAUUGCUUCUGUACCUGCCAACCUGCUGCUCCUGAAGAACAUCUCCGCCCUGGGCCUGUAUUGGGGUCGAUACCAACUCCAGAACUUUCCUGUCUUCUCCAAGAGCCUGCACUCAGCACUUCAGUACUACCACCAGGGGCGCAUCCAGCCAUAUGUCGGAAAGGUGUUUAAACUGGAGGAGUUGACUGUUUCAUAUGACCUCUUGGUGGAGAUCUCAGGUGAGCAACACCCAGCUGCAUGUCCCUCAGAAGCUACAACCACUUCGGGGUCAGUGAUGCUUUCCUUCAUGUUCUACAGCGCAAAUCCACAGGAAAGGUGCUACUCUCUCUCAAAUAAAUCCUCACCUCAACAGCAAAUUCAGCAUGUCCAAAUCCAAACUCAUCAUCUUUCCCCCAAACCUGAUUUCCCCUCUGUGUUUUUAAAGGUGUUAUCAACUUUCUUCCUAACUCAGGUUUAAAAUCUUACAGUCACCAGCUGGGCGGGGUGGCGCAUGCCUGUAAUCCCAGCACUCUGGAGGUUUAGGCAGGAGGAUUGCCUUGAGUUAGAGGCCAGCUUGGGCUACACAGUGAGGUCAAGGCCAGUCUUAACUACAUAGGAAGAUCUUGUCUUAUGAAAGAAAAAAAAAAAGAAGAAAAUAUUACAGUAUUGCAGUCACCUUUGGUUCUGUUUCCUUAUUGCUUAUAAUUAAUUGAUUAAUAGAGGUUAUUAUCUAAAGUUGGACUUUUUUUCAGAGUAAAUGUGUCAUUAGUAAUUACAGCAAGAAAAUAUGUCCAAGGCAAACUAGAAUGUCACCUUAUUCAAAAUGCAUCAAUCGGCUUGUCUGUCAUUCCCACUACUAAGAUAUCCCUUACCUCCAUGUCCUCUAUUCUGCCUGUGUCUCAUCUGCUGUCUCCAGUGACUACCUAAUUGGUUUUCCUAUCUUUAAAUGACCCCCAUCUGCUCCAUCCUUGUUAUACAUUAUUGCCAUGGUGAUCUUCCCAAACCCUAGCCCUGAUUAUAUCUUGUCUUAGAAAACCUACAAUGGCUCACCAGUGCCUACACAGUGGAGUUCAGACCCCUUGAGCCAGCACUGCAUUGUGAUGAUGAUUUUUCUCCUCUCUACUUUCUAGCAUCAUGGUCCCCAAUGCCACCAGUCCUAAGAAUGGCCCUGUUUUCCUCAUUUUUCUCUGCUCAUGAAGUUUCCUCUACCUUCAUCUCCAUCAACCACAGGGCUUCCUGACCUCUAAAGCCUGCAUUCCCCAUGUUCCUUAAUCCUCAGAGUCAUAUCUCUUCUUUUCCUCUUCUACUUCUGUAGUUUCUCCCCCCAGAUUGGUCACCAUCUAACUUGUAUCACAGGGAGCAGCAUGUGCAGUGGAAUGAGCGCAAUGAAUACAUCUAAUUCAAGAUGUGAGUUUGAAUCUCAGCCUCACCUGAGGUGGUUACUUAAAAGAUCUACACAUUCAUUUUUCUCACUGUGAAGCUCUUUAGAAUAUUAACCUCAUAAAGUUGUGAGCAGUACAUGCAGUGAUUGGAUUAAGUACCUGGCAGUUAGUAAGUGCUCAGCAAAUACUGGUUUCACUUCUUUCCUUGCCCAGGGUAUUGUAAAUUCCUUGAGAGCAGCUACUGUGUUUCAUUCACUUUUGUGAAUUUUCAUACCCCUACCACAGUGAGUUACUCUUGGUAAAUACUCAAUAAAUUGAACUGAAUUUAAAUUGCAUGCAAGUCUUAAAUUGUGGAAUUAAGUAAAAAAUAGUGUACUGCAAGUAACCUAGAUAUCCACUGACAGGUGAAUGGAUGAAUAUGGUAUGUCUAUACAGUGGAAUAUUGUUCAACCUUUAAAAGGAAUAAAAUUCUAACAUAUGCUGCAACAUG